AUGGCGUCUGGAAGGCGGAGUUUGGCAACCCUCCGAACUCCGCAGGGCCCAGGGCUACUUCACAGACGUGUCGCUGAACGACGCAGCCACACAUGUCGCCUCCGCAGCCGAGACAACGGUUGCCGUGGACGCCAUCUCAGGGGGGUGCUCCUGGACGUGCGCUUUUUCAAAGCCAGUGCUCAGUGUUGCCAUCUGUCCGCAGUACGCAGAGGCUUCGUUGGGCUUGCGCGUGGUGUGCGCUGGCGGCGAGGACGGCAGGCUCAUCCUCAGCCGCCGCGGCUCCCUGGAGACACGGCAUGCAACUCUCCAUCAUGGCGAGGGGCCCAUCACGGCCAUUCGCUGGCGUGGAGGGCUCGUGGCCUGGGUGAACAGCAAAGGCGUGAAGGUUGUGGACGUGGAGACAUAUCAAAAAGUCAGUUAUAUCUCACGGCCGGACGGGGCGCAGUCCAGCAGCCUCUGCUGGCUCAGCGAUGA